AAAGGUUAUAGGGCAACGCAACAUGGCGACUACCAAGCGGGUGUUGUACGUGGGUGGUCUGGCUGAAGAGGUGGAUGAGAAGAUUCUCCAUGCAGCUUUUAUUCCUUUUGGGGAUCUUACUGACAUCCAGAUACCUCUUGAUUAUGAAACUGAGAAACACAGAGGAUUUGCUUUUGUGGAAUUUGAAAGCCCGGAGGAUGCCGCUGCUGCUAUUGAUAAUAUGAAUGAGUCAGAGCUGUUUGGAAGAACGAUACGUGUCAAUCUGGCUAAACCCAUGAGGUUGAAAGAAGGGUCUUCUAAGGCUGUUUGGUCUGAUGAUGACUGGCUAAAGAAGUUCUCUGGAAAAACAUUGGAAGAAAAUCAAGAAAGUGAAACUACGGAAGCACCGAAACCUGAAGCACAAGAGGGAGAACCACCCGCUAAAAAAGUACGGGCAAACCCCCAGGUGUACAUGGAUAUCAAGAUAGGAAACAAGCCUGCUGGACGAAUCCGCUUCCUCCUUCGAGCUGACAUUGUACCAAUGACCGCAGAGAACUUCCGCUGUCUAUGCACACAUGAAAAUGGAUUUGGCUUCAAGGGCAGUAGCUUCCACAGAAUCAUCCCGCAGUUCAUGUGCCAGGGUGGAGACUUCACCAAUCACAACGGCACGGGAGGAAAGUCCAUCUAUGGCAGGAAGUUUGAUGAUGAGAACUUCAUCUUGAAACACACAGGGCCUGGCUUGCUAUCGAUGGCAAAUUCUGGGGCCAAUACAAAUGGUUCACAGUUCUUUAUCACAUGUGACAAGACGGACUGGCUUGAUGGGAAGCAUGUAGUGUUUGGAGAGGUGAUGGAGGGAAUCGACGUGGUUCGGUUAAUGGAGGCUCAAGGUAACAAAGAUGGAAAACCGAAACAGAAAAUAAUAAUUUCAGACUGUGGGGAGUAUGUAUGAUGAUUGAGACUCUCGUUUUACAAUGUGCUCAUAGUUAACCGCCCAACCAUAACAUCAGAGGCAGUUUUGGUUUGAGUGGUAGUAAUGUUGCUUUUGCUGUUGAAUGUAUUUGUACAUUUUUUCAUUGUUAAAUAAAUACAUUUUUGUAUAUUUUCCAGAA